AUGAGUAAAAUACCUGCAAAAAAAGUUACCUCAACUACUCAAGGUUCUUCAACAACCAAGAAAUCCAACUCAAAACCGGUGACGUCGUCAUCAAAAGUCAUUGCGACGAAGACAACUGACGUAGCGUCAGCUGCAGCUACGGAUAAACCAGAAAAGAAAAUCAUUAAAUAUGUUCAAAUGAAGGAAGUUAUCCCUAGUGAGAUGAUGAAAUUACGUGAUUUGACAAAAUGGCCUAUUAUUGUCGAUGAAAUUGGUAACUUAAAAACGUUCUAUCGUAUGAAUGAACUUGUAUUAGAAUUCAACCCUCCUCUGACCGUGCAACGUGUUAAAAAUGCUCUUCAACGGAUCUUCUUUGGGUUUUCAUUUGAUACCGAUGGGUCUAUUGACGAUCAUCGCAAAUAUACUAUUCCGACUAAUGUAAAUCGACUUCUUGCUAUUAAUAUGGAAGACAAAGAUAUUGGGCAAUGUGUCGAAGAACUACGAGCAGUGUGCGAUCAGAUUCAUCCUGAUCUAUUCGAUACGGUCUUCAGAAAAGCUGAUGUGAACGAAUCAGGUCGCGAUAAUUUGGAUCGCCUCUUCAAGCUAACUCAAACACCCGAUGAAUUACGUCAAUGUGAUUAUUAUCAAUUUGGAGCUAAAGCUCGUAGUGAAGUCCCUUUUAUAUGUGUAUGGAUUACCCGGCUUACAGAAAUUCCAUCUUCGUAUAAUGAUUUCUUUGGACUAAGAUUCGAAAAAGAUGAACAUUGA